CACAAAGCUCUUACUCCUCGUCCGCUUCCCUCACUUUCCUUCCUGGAGCCCGGCUGAUAAAAUCCGGACCCAGCUGCCGUGGUGUGUGUGUGGGUGUGUGUGUGUGUGUGUGAGCGGGAGCUGUGUCCGCUCCCAGGAGGAUGUGUUCCCUGCGCUGGGCCAGGUCUCUGGGCUUCGCCCUCAUCCCACUGGCCGUGUGCUGCAUAGUGGCCAACCUGCUGCUGUUCUUUCCUGAUGGACGGGUCGAUCUGGUGAAGAAAAACAAUCUAACCAAGUAUGUGUGGUUCUUCAUGGGAGUAGGAGGUGGAGGUCUAACUAUAUUGGUAACUGCCAUAAGCUUUCUGAGCCUGGGACAGUGUGCCAAGUCCUGUGGAACAGAGACGUAUGCAAUGUGUGGCUCCAUGCUACCUGCUCUGGUAGGAAUGGCUGGUUCUGGAUACUGUUUCAUCAUCUCAGCCUUGGCCUUGCUGGAGGGGCCACUUUGCUACACCGCGCAGGGGUGGAGGUCUCCGUUCGAGAACAAAGGGCCAAGAUACCUGUUCUUCUGGGACACCUGGUCGGAGUGCAUACAGCCUCUCCACAUUGUGGAGUGGAACAUGAUGUUGCUGUCCAUCCAGCUGGCCCUCAGCACUCUCGAGUUCCUCAUCUGCACAGUGCAGCUCCUCAACGGCCUGGUGCACGCCGUGUGCCGGCCCUGCUGCUACAAGCAGGAGUAUCGCCUAAACGCGUGAGCGUCCAAGGCUCCCCAACGAGCGCGAGUACAUGCUCAGUCUGAACAGUCGUGGACACUUUGUUAUUAAAGACAAGGAGUUUUAAAUGACACAUUGCUGAUAUUCUGUGCAAGGACUUUUGAGCAAUAGAGAGCAACAGAGAGACCAGUAUCUUAAAGACAUACACACUCCCAUCUGUUUAAUCAGAGUUAAAAGACAAGAUCUGUUUUCUGUUUAGAGAAACAAAUGUGCACUGCAAUGUGUAGACUGCAAUGUGCAUUUUUUAAAGAACAAAUGUAAUUUUUUAUGAUUUAUAAGUUUUUGUAUUACUAUCAUGUUUGAUAAUAUUAUAACUUAUUUUACAGUUCAUUAGAAACUCAUAUCUAAAUAUCUAAGAAAAUUUGUAUUGUUUUUUAUACUUGUUCUGUCUUAAAUGAAUAAAUGGUUUUUUUUAGAUUAA